AUGCAACACUACAUUGGAGAGAUAGCGGUGGUACAACACAAAAGAGACAUUACCAGCAAGAGGCGAGCAGCAGCUCGAAGAUACAGAGAGGAGUUUUGUCAACAACAACCUGUUUCUGCCACUAAACACAACAUGGAGCAAUCUGGCCUUUAUCGCUUACCGCCAGAAAUACUUCUUCUGGUAGGUGCCAACCUCACCGGCUCAAGUACCUUGUCAUUGCAGGCAUCUUCGCGGAGAUUCCGCCUUAUCAUUGGCGCCUCGACCGCCAGGGAGGCCAACCAGAGGUCCUCGAAAAGGUUUUUGAACUACCUAAAGAACGAUAAAUUCGCCCGGGACUGUGCAAGUGAGCGCAGGUUGUGGCACAAUAAAGAUCUGAAGGGAUGUUCUGGCUGCCGGAAGGAGCACCCUACCAACUUUUUCUCGCCGGAAGAGUUGUCCAAACCACCGGAAGCCCGCAACUGUAUAGGCAGGACGAAGGUAUUAAGAGCCUGUGACCACAAAAGCCUGACCUUCACCGAGAUGGAGAACAUAACAAAGAGAAUGGCCCAAAAUGGUCAACGUGGACGCCCGAUUUGCAGCGCGCCGGAGCAUUCGGACAGAUUGAGAGAACGGAAACCAUGGCUUACAAGAGUUGCAUCUGAAGAGUACUGGUAUGGCAUAACCCAUCAGUAUCUACUCUUCAAAACCCUGAGAGACCAAAUUGUAGCCAUGGGCCCGUUACACAACGUUCUGGCUAGACUGAACAUACAGAUAUGUCCGCAUUCUCUUUCUAGUGUGCCAAAUCUUUUCAAGUUGACGCAGCCCUACGACAACUAUGUCCUUUACGAUAAGGACUUUGAAGCAAGGCCUGGGUCAAAACAUCUGAGAUCAUCUUGCGAGACUCCUAACUGCUAUACAUUCUUCAGCUUAUACGUGGACUAUAUCCAUGGAGGCAAAAACAUGGUUCGCAUUUUUCUCUAUGUCCACCGCGCUUUCUCGAUCUCCGAAGGCGCCAACGAUCCAACGUGGCUGGAACAAACACUGCUUCAAUAA